AUCCCUUGGGAGCCAUAGACGCGUUUCAACCAUAUAGAAAUAAUGACCAAACCUAGAUAUUUAACCGACUCAGAACGAGCAAAAGUAUUGGAGUUUCAAGAUAUGAUUCAUUAUAGCCCAAGGUAUAAUGACGACACCCAUGAAUAUAGACAUGUAAUGUUACCCAAGAAUAUGCUUAAAGUUAUACCACAAGAUUACUUCAAUAGUGAAACAGGUACUUUAAGAAUAUUAUUGGAAGAAGAAUGGAGAGGAUUGGGCAUUACUCAAAGUUUAGGGUGGGAACACUACGAGACCCAUGCUCCUGAACCUCACAUUUUGUUGUUUAAACGACCAAUAAAUUAUGGACAGUAAACGGAUAGCAACGAGUUUAAAUUUGACAGCAGUGUCUAUCUUGUUUACUUAUGCAAAGGUGGUGUUUAACUGAAAAGGAAUUGACUUGACUUGUCGAACAUCUGCACCACUAGUACGACAAACAUCAUCGCAUUAUAUAGAGUAUAUGGUACAGUACUUGCACUAGAUAUAAGAUAUCCAAAUACACAUUAAUAAACUUUGGUAAA